AUGGAGCAAGGAGAUAUCUCGACUCCAUCCGGUUUGGAGCAGCAUAACAACGAAGCUAGGGAUCUCGUCAGCGUCAGCGCCCGUGGUCGAGGGAUCUACAGGCCUCAGAACCUGAGUACUCCGAAUCAUAUUAGUGACCGAGCGGGUAGAGUCAUGGAGUAUCCUUCGAAAAGCCGCGACUGCUUUGCAGGUUUGGGCACGACCAGUCAGUCGCCCAUCCGUCUGGAAACUCUAAGGGCGAAAUUAGCAGUUACCGGGUUGACUGGUGACAAUAAAAUGUAUGUCGGUCGCAGCACCGCCGGUCGUGCUCAAGCCAGCAUUUCCGACCCAGAGAACACCAGCUGUCCGAUCUCAACCACGAAGACGCUGGUUAUUCGCCCCCAGGCACGCGGGGCUCCAGCGAUGUGCGGCAACGGGGACCACGUCAACGACCGCAUUUGUUACAUACAGGGGCAGCCGGAUCGAGGCGUAACUGGACUACUGCCUUCCUCACCAGAUCAGCGCGUGGGUGAGGGGGAUUUAGAACCUGAGGAGGACCGUUUGGACCCAUAUAAAAACCCAAACCUCUCCUGGGUGACCACGCUUUUUGUUCCGCCAGACAAUUCUUCCGAUUUUGCGACUGAAGACAAGCCUCCCACUUUUCCGUCGCUCACAACAUCUGCCACCAUGAGCAGCUCAACCACAAGCACGUACACUAUUCCUUCUGGGAUACUCGCAGUUGCCUCAACCACAGUCACGGAGCAUUUCCUGGCCAAUGUUGGCUGCAUCGCCCGCGCUCAUUGUCUUUCCGAAAAAUCUACCACUGUCGUCACGUCUUUCCUCACCACGCACGAGACGGCGCACUCCUCGCUCAGGAGCCUCACAACCCGUCUCGUGCCCGCGCGCUACUCCGUUGCAGACUACUCCGGCAUUCAGUCCUGGCUGCGCCGCGGCCGUGGAUUCCCGGCCGAGCACCAUUUCUUCGGCCCCCAGACUCGCAUCCCCGUCAUCGCCCAGGCGGUAUGCGAGAUCGCUGGGGCCCUCAUCAGCUUUGAGGGCGGCGCUGGUUUGGCCGGUCUCGAUGGCCAUAAGAAGGCCGGCGAGAAGCACGUUCGGCUCUUCGUGGCCAACAUCGUCGAGGCCUGGCUCGAGGCCUGGUAUAAUCGAGCCGAUAUCGGGCAACGCAGGGAGGGCUGGCGCAAUUGGGAGGUCCUCGCUACGCAAGGUGAUCGCAAAGUCGCUGCUAAGGCCAAGAGCGAAGAGGAGGUUCAGGAGUAG